UUUUGCAAGUAUUUGACCAAUAGAACAUGAGGCAUGGAAGAGUUCUAAGGUUGUCCGCUGCUUUGGGCUGAGCAUCAUCAUCUUUGCCCAAGUGGAUUUAGGCUUCCAAGACAGGCCUUCAGACAGUCCAAUGGCAGACCAAAGGAUGGACAUAUCUUCUACAAUUAGUGACUUUAUGUCACCAGACCCUGCUGACUUGAUCUCCAGUUCCCUUAGCACUACAGGAAUGGACUGUAAUAGGAAAAGAAAGGGAAGCUCAACUGAUUAUCAGCUCGAUGGCUUUCCUUUUGAGGAAGGUAUGGAUACAGAUAAAGAUGACCAACAUGGAAGACUGGAGUAUGCAGACCAACAAGGCAGGAUAAAAAAUGCAAGGGAGGCUCACAGUCAGAUCGAGAAGAGGCGCAGGGACAAGAUGAACAGUUUCAUAGACGAGCUGGCCUCGCUGGUGCCCACGUGCAAUGCCAUGUCCCGCAAGCUGGACAAGCUCACCGUACUCAGGAUGGCUGUCCAGCACAUGAAAACACUUCGUGGUGCUACAAACCCAUAUACAGAAGCUAACUACAAGCCUGCUUUUCUAUCAGAUGAUGAAUUAAAACAUCUUAUUCUCAGGGCAGCAGAUGGAUUUCUUUUUGUUGUGGGCUGUGACAGAGGGAAGAUACUGUUUGUUUCAGAAUCUGUCUUCAAGAUCCUCAACUACAGUCAGAAUGAUUUGAUUGGUCAAAGUUUAUUUGAUUAUCUCCAUCCUAAAGACAUUGCCAAAGUGAAGGAGCAGCUCUCUUCUUCUGACACUGCGCCACGAGAAAGACUCAUAGAUGCAAAAACUGGGCUCCCUGUCAGGACAGACAUCACGCCCGGGCCCUCGCGCCUCUGCUCCGGAGCGCGCCGCUCCUUCUUCUGCAGGAUGAAGUGCAACAGGCCCUCUGUCAAAGUAGAGGACAAGGAUUUCCCUUCAACCUGCUCAAAGAAGAAAGCAGACCGCAAAAGCUUUUGCACUAUUCAUAGCACAGGCUACUUAAAAAGCUGGCCUCCCACGAAGAUGGGGCUGGAUGAGGACAACGAGCCAGAUAACGAGGGCUGCAAUCUGAGCUGCCUGGUGGCCAUCGGGAGGCUCCAUCCCCACGUGGUGCCGCAGCCGGCCAACGGCGAGAUCCGCGUCAAGCCCACCGAGUACGUGUCCCGGCACGCCAUCGACGGCAAAUUCGUCUUCGUGGACCAGAGGGCAACAGCCAUCCUGGCAUAUUUACCCCAGGAACUUCUAGGUACUUCGUGUUAUGAAUAUUUUCAUCAAGAUGAUAUAGCACAUCUUGCAGAAUGUCACAGACAAGUUUUGCAGACAAGAGAAAAAAUUACAACUAACUGCUACAAGUUUAAAAUAAAAGAUGGCUCUUUUAUUACGUUGCGGAGUCGCUGGUUCAGUUUCAUGAACCCUUGGACCAAAGAAGUAGAAUACAUUGUCUCCACAAACACAGUUGUUUGCACCACGGUCCUGGAGAGUGGGGAUGGGGCCUUUCCCCAGCUGGCAGCAUCCCCACACAGCAUGGACAGCGUGCUCCAGGCUGGAGAAGGUGGCCCCAAAAGGACCCAUCCCACUGUGCCUGGAAUUCCAGGUGGAACAAGAGCUGGGGCGGGUAAAAUAGGGAGGAUGAUUGCUGAAGAAAUCAUGGAGAUUCACAGGAUAAGAGGAUCUUCACCUUCCAGCUGUGGCUCAAGUCCCCUGAACAUCACCAGCACCCCCCCGCCCGACACAUCCUCGCCAGGAGGGAAGAAGAUCUUGAAUGGUGGCACUCCAGACAUUUCUUCAGCUGGGCUACUGUCAGGACAAAUCCAGGAUAAUUCUGGGUACCCGUAUUCUGACAACUCCUCUAUCCUGGGGGACAACUCCCACAUCGGCAUGGACAUGAUCGACACGGAGCAGGGCUCCAGCAGCCCCAGCAACGACGAGGCAGCCAUGGCUGUCAUCAUGAGCCUGCUGGAGGCCGACGCGGGGCUCGGUGGCCCCGUGGACUUCAGCGACCUGCCCUGGCCCUUGUAAAUCCUCCAGCACCCCAGAUCCAAGUGCAUUUACUGGUGGAGCUCCGCAGCCUGUGAAACUCGUGGGACUGAGAGGCUUUUAUGUGGGAACUUCAUAAAAGCUGUGUCAGAACGCAACUCAUCCUACCAUGUGUAACUUCAGACAAAGUGGAAUAACCUGCUACAGUGUUCUGUGUUGAUUCGGUUAGCUGUGUAUAGCUUGCGAUACUUGUAUAUUUUGGAUUCUGUUGUUGGAAAUUUUUUUUAAAUCACUGUGCAACUCACUGGCAUCAGUGGUAGCUUUUAUAUGCAAAUGACCAUUUCAGAUGUAUGGUGUGUUUUUACACUGCAAAACAGUCCCCAUGUGGAUAUUUCUUAUACUAAUUGUACCAUAAAGCUGUUUAUUCUUUCUUGUAAGAAUCCUUUACUAUAAAUAUUGUUAAAGUGUAAUGUAUUAGACAGUUAAAUAUUUUUAAAAUAAAUGUUUCCCUUGUUCUAAGAUGGAGCAUUUACUUUGAUAAAUAAAUUUGAUAAAA